GAAAAAAGCGACCAAAUGUCGGGAAGGAGCUAUCAGCGCCAGAGCCUGGAACUGCGCAGUCCGGAUGCGGACAACGGCUCGCUGGAGGAUGUCGUGGACAGCCGUUUUCGGAACAUGCUCGGCUCCAGUGCCAGCCAGCGGCGUCGCCAGCAGCGGGUGGCGCAGCAUCGGCAGGAGUCGUGGUUCCGACACUCUAUGCCGCCGGCCGUCAAUCGAGACUUUGAGUCCCUGGAGCAUCUGACACCGAAGACCAGUAGCGGACUGGACGAGCAGUUGGCCGCCUCCGUCUCGACCAGCGUCCACAGCGCUGGCAGCUCCACGCUCUGCGGCAGUCGAGGCGGCAAUACGGACCACUUCAGCAUCCAUUUGAACAGUGCGAACAGCAAUCUGGGAUUCAUAGACUCGGACACGCCCAACACUCCGAUCACGCCACCGAGAUCAACCUCGACCUCCCUCUGCGGUGGCCUGCAGCCGCCUGCAUCCGUCUCCACCUCGGUGGCUGGCACGCUCUCAUCGCGCCAAGGCGCCGCCGGGCAACCUCAGAGCGGCCAUCGUAGUCGCAAGGACUCCAAGGGUUCCAUUCUCUCCAGACAGAGCCUGGCGCAGCGUGGCCUGCGAAUGACAGCCUCGUUUCUACGCAGAAAACGGAAGGAGUACGAAGAUGAUGAGGACAUCACAUCAUCCGCCGGCUUCGAUGCAGAGGAUGGAGAGAGGCGUGUCAUAAUCCUGAAUGGCACACAGCCCGUAAAGUACUGCAACAAUCGCAUUACGACGGCCAAGUAUAACAUCAUCAGCUUUCUGCCCUCGUUCCUAUUCGAACAGUUUCGACGAUACUCGAAUUGCUUUUUCCUGCUAAUCGCAUUGCUGCAGCAAAUACCAGAUGUAUCGCCCACGGGUCGCUACACCACUUUGGUGCCGCUGAUGUUUAUCCUGUCAGUCAGCGCCAUCAAGGAGAUCAUCGAAGAUGUGAAACGCCAUCGCGCCGAUAAUGAGAUAAAUCAUCGACCCAUUGAGCGGCUGGAGAACGGAACCUGGUCGACAGUCCGCUGGUCGGAGCUGACCGUGGGGGACAUUAUAAAAGUGACGAUAAACACAUUUUUCCCCGCGGACCUGAUUAUCUUAUCGUCCAGUGAGCCGCAGGCCAUGUGCUUCAUUGAGACGGCCAAUCUGGAUGGGGAGACCAACCUGAAGAUACGCCAGGGAGUGACUGCCACAGCGGGAUUGCUGGAGACCAAGGACCUUACAAUGCUGCAGGGCAGGAUUGAGUGCGAGCUGCCCAAUCGGCAUCUGUACGAGUUCAACGGGGUGCUAAGGGAAUACGGAAAGCAAUCCGUGCCUCUGGGCAAUGAUCAAGUGCUGCAGCGUGGCGCCAUGUUACGGAACACGGCCUGGGUGUUUGCAGUCGUCGUCUACUCGGGCCAGGAGACGAAACUCAUGAAGAACUCUACCUCAGCGCCGCUGAAGCGGUCCACCGUCGACAAGCUAACCAACACCCAGAUCCUGAUGUUGUUCAUGAUCCUGAUCUCGCUCUGCAUCACCAGUGGCCUGUGCAAUCUGUUCUGGACCCGAGAGCACUCGGAAACGGACUGGUAUCUGGGCCUGAGCGACUUCAAGAGCAUGAGCCUAGGCUACAAUCUGCUCACGUUCUUCAUUCUGUACAACAACCUGAUUCCCAUAUCGCUGCAAGUCACUCUCGAGCUGGUUCGCUUCCUACAGGCCAUAUUCAUCAACUACGACAUCGAGAUGUACUACGAGCCCUCGGACACGCCGGCCAUGGCCCGCACUUCGAACCUCAACGAGGAGCUGGGCAUGGUCAAGUACAUAUUUUCGGACAAGACGGGCACGCUCACGCAGAACGUGAUGGCCUUUAAGAAGUGCUCCAUAGCGGGACAUGUCUACAUCCCGCAGCGAACACCCGAGGAGUCGCUGCUGGUGCAAAACAUACUCAGACGGCACGAGACGGCUGAGGUCAUAGAGGAGUUCCUGGUGCUUCUGUCCGUCUGCCACACCGUGAUACCCGAGCGGGGGGAUGAAGGCAUUAUUUACCACGCCGCCAGUCCGGACGAGCGAGCCCUGGUCGAGGGCGCCCACUUCUUUGGCUACGUCUUCGACACCCGCACGCCCGAAUAUGUGGAGAUCAAUGCACUGGGGCAGCGGCGUCGAUAUCAGGUGCUCAAUGUGCUGGAGUUCACAUCGGCACGGAAACGCAUGUCGCUCAUAGUGCGGACGCCGGAGGGCAAGAUCAAGCUCUUCUGCAAAGGCGCCGAUUCGGUGAUAUACGAACGUCUGUCCGCCCAUGAUCUACAGUACCGAGACCGUACGCUUCAGCAUCUCGAGGAGUUCGCCUCGGAGGGUCUGCGUACGCUGUGUCUGGCCGUGGCCGACAUCCAGCCCGAUGUGUACGAGGAGUGGCGAAACACCUACCACAAGGCAGCGACGGCGCUCCAGUACCGCGAACGCAAGCUGGAGGAUGCGGCGGACCUCAUUGAGAUCAAUCUACGCCUACUGGGCGCCACCGCCAUUGAAGAUCGUCUGCAGGACGGCGUGCCGGAGACGAUUGCGGCGCUGCUGGAUGCCGGCAUCUUUAUUUGGGUGCUGACCGGUGACAAGCAAGAAACGGCCAUAAACAUAGGAUACUCCUGCAAGCUGAUCUCACACGCCAUGGAUAUAAUCAUCCUCAACGAGGAGAGUCUUGACGCAACCCGUGACGUUAUUCUGCGCCACUUUGGAGAAUUCAAGAGCUCGACGGCAAACGACACGAACGUGGCCCUGGUCAUUGAUGGAACCACAUUAAAGUACGCCCUGAGCUGUGAUCUACGGGGUGAUUUCCAGGAGCUGUGUCUGCUCUGCCGCGUUGUCAUCUGCUGCCGAGUGUCGCCGAUGCAAAAGGCGGAGGUGGUCGAAAUGGUCACCCAGAGCACCAAGGCGGUGACGCUGGCCAUCGGAGAUGGAGCCAACGACGUGGCCAUGAUACAGAAGGCAAAUGUUGGCAUUGGAAUAUCCGGCGUCGAGGGUUUGCAGGCGGCCUGCGCCUCGGAUUAUUCGAUCGCCCAAUUUCGGUUCCUACAGCGACUGCUGCUCGUGCACGGGGCGUGGAACUAUGCGCGCAUCAGCAAGCUGAUUCUGUACAGCUUCUACAAGAACGUCUGCCUGUAUGUCAUCGAGCUGUGGUUCGCCCUCUACUCCGGCUGGUCGGGUCAGAUCCUGUUCGAGCGCUGGACGAUUGGCCUCUACAACGUGCUGUUCACGGCCAUGCCCCCAUUCGCCAUGGGUCUGUUCGAGAAGUUCUGCACGGCCGAGACGAUGCUUAAGUACCCGAUGCUGUACAAGCCCUCGCAGAAUGCCAAGUUCUUCAAUGUGAAGGUCUUCUGGAUCUGGAUCUUUAAUGCCCUUCUGCACUCGGUGUUCCUCUUCUGGCUGCCCAUGGCAGCGUACACAUCUGAUACAAUAUGGAAGGAUGGCAAGACCAAUGACUACCUGAUGAUGGGAAAUAUGGUGUACACGUAUGUGAUUGUGACGGUAUGCUUGAAGGCGGGCCUCAUCACGAAUUCCUGGACCUGGUUGACGCACGUGGCCAUUUGGGGCUCCAUAGUGAUCUGGUUCGUCUUUGUUGUGAUCUACAGUCACUGCUUUCCGUUCGUCAACCUUGGCAGCAACUUCCCCGGCAUGGACAUCAUGCUGCUGUCCACGCCAGUGUUCUAUCUCGGGCUCGUCCUGGUGCCAAUCACCACCCUGCUGAUCGAUGUCAUCUGCAAACUGAUACACAAUACCGUGUUCAAGACACUCACUGAGGCGGUGCGCGAGACCGAGAUCAGGCGCAACGAUCUCGCCGAAGUGAUGAACGAGCCUCGAUCAUCAUUCACGGAAACUGCGAGGCUGCUACGUAAUGUAUUUACCCGUCGGGCCAACACGAGAGUCGAAACGGAACUAGAACUAUCCCAUGGUUACGCAUUCUCACAAGAGGAGGGUGGAGUUGUGCCCCAGUCUAUAAUAAUACGAUCAUAUGAUACCAAUUUGCCAAAACCCGAAGGCAACUAGUCCCGGAGCUACGACGUUUAAAUCGACAAGCUGCCCAGCUCUCACAAGGACCAUCACACAACAUUUAAUGAUAACUUACCAAUGUACAUACAUACAUACACACAUACACUAAUCCCAUGGAAUAGAAUCAACAUUUAACUUUCAAAACACUCAGUUUGUAUGGCAUAAACAUAAACAUAUUACGAUCAAAGCACCUGAGCAGAAGCGAAAGCAAACGCUAAUCUGGUAGGCCAAACAUCACACUAAUAACAUUUAUUCUUCAUGUGUCUUACAUUAUUACCUAAUACUUACAGUAAAUUAAACGAAACGUCUUAUGUAUACAUACAUACAUAUGUACAUACACAUACAUAUGCGAAUAUCUUUGCUGUUAUUUAUUUUGUAAGAUCGGAAAAGACAGUGAAGCCCUCUUCAAGUUCUUGCGAUCGUGUCGUUCGUAUCUGUCCCUAUACUUUGUGCCGCUUUGUGAUACGGACACAGACUUGCAUUCUUUUUCUAACACUUAAUCUAAGUAACUAAAUACUGUAAACAUUUGUACCUAUAAGCAUACAUUUCAACAAUUGAUGUCGGAAAAGAUCCUGUAUUUUUUGGUCACUAAAUCAUUUACAUAUGUAUAUUCGUUAAAAAUAAACCAUAAUUCUCGAUAA